UUCAGAAGAUUAAAACAAAAAACACUGAAAUUGAGAACUAGCUAGCUUCUUCUGCAAUGGCAAUCUCAUUCUCAUCCACCCCAGGCCCCAAACGCUGCUUCCUUGUUGCAGUUCUAAUCUCCAUUUCUGUCUCAUGCUGCAAAUCAGACUUUACCCAUGAUGAUCCAGCUCAACUAGUUGCAAAAGCAUUACUCUGUUUCAAUAAUCAAUACAUUUAUAGCAGCUGCGAGGAAACUUGCAGAUUGAAUGAGAGCGGAAACAUCAAUGUCUCUCCUCAAGCAACCGAUGAAUACUGCAAUGGGCCUUGCCUGGAGGAGACAAACCUUGUCCUUGACUGCAUCGAUGGUAUCUUAAACAACUUUUGUUUUUACAAUAAAGCUACUGUUCAAGAUAUAAGGGCUACACUCAGUGCUGGAUGUGGCUACACCAGUGAAAGAGGAAACUUCAAUGUCGCACAGCACAUGCAAGAUGAGUAUAGCAGCCAUGCAUACAGUGAUAAAUCCCACCUGAUGCGCCUGUAUCUGCCUAUGUCCAUGAUCACCCUCUUUGUUUUCUUGUUCUAAGCAUACGUCUCUAUGGCUCUUACCCCCAAACCCCCAGGCCUUCCUAAAUAAUUAAA